CGCGCGCACGCUCGCACACGCACGCACGCGCGCAUUCGACUGGCUGAGCUCGCGCGAGGAGCUCUCUGUCUGUUUCGCUCGAGCCCCUUGCCUUUGCAGCGCACGAGGAGAGGAGGAAGAAGAAGAGGAGGAGGAGAGGAAGAGCAGGCGCGCGCGUGACAUCCCUCCUCUGAGGAACAUCUUCACCACAUUUUUGGGGGGGUGUUUUUUUUAUUAUUUGUCAUUGUCUUGUUGAUUUUUUGGGGAGAAUUCUACUGCCUGCAUUCUGAAGACGUAAGGAACCGGUUCUUUGCCAUCAUGUGGGGUCGGCUGGCAGCCGCCUGGAUUUGGGCGUGUUUACUGGCAGUCGAUGUUUGGGGCAGUAGCAAAAGCUCCAACCAGAACGGCUCAGACGAGCAGAAGGACAACACCACUGUCUUCACCAGGAUCCUGGACAGUCUUCUGGACGGCUACGACAACCGUCUGCGGCCAGGGCUCGGAGAGCGUGUAACGGAAGUGAAGACUGACAUUUUCGUGACCAGCAUCGGCCCGGUUUCAGAUCACGACAUGGAGUACACCAUAGACGUGUUCUUCAGACAAAGCUGGAAGGACGAGCGGCUGAAGUUUAAAGGUCCGAUGGCCGUUCUGCGUCUCAACAACCUGAUGGCCAGCAAGAUCUGGACCCCAGACACCUUCUUCCACAAUGGCAAGAAAUCAGUGGCACACAACAUGACCAUGCCCAACAAACUGCUGCGCAUCACUGAGGAGGGCACGCUGCUCUACACCAUGAGGCUGACAGUGAGAGCGGAGUGCCCCAUGCAUUUAGAGGAUUUUCCCAUGGAUGCCCAUGCCUGCCCUCUCAAAUUUGGCAGCUAUGCGUACACGCGGGCCGAGGUUGUGUACGUGUGGACUCGUGGCGCGGCUCAGUCUGUGGUGGUGGCCGAAGACGGAUCCCGUCUGAACCAGUACGAUCUGAUGGGACAGACGGUGGACUCGGGGGUGGUUCAGUCCAGCACUGGGGAGUACGUUGUGAUGACGACACACUUUCACCUAAAGAGGAAGAUCGGCUACUUUGUGAUCCAGACGUACCUGCCAUGCAUCAUGACGGUGAUCCUGUCACAGGUGUCCUUCUGGCUAAACAGAGAGUCUGUCCCUGCCAGGACUGUGUUCGGAGUGACCACUGUGCUGACCAUGACCACCCUCAGUAUCAGCGCUAGGAACUCUCUACCCAAAGUGGCCUACGCUACAGCUAUGGACUGGUUCAUCGCCGUCUGCUACGCCUUCGUCUUCUCCGCACUCAUCGAGUUCGCCACCGUCAACUACUUCACGAAAAGGGGCUAUGCCUGGGACGGGAAAAGCGUAGUGCCCGAGAAGCAAAAGAAGAAGAAGGAGUCUCUGCUGAAGAAGAACAACACCUACACUGCAGCCACCGCACCCUCCUUCGCCCCCAACAUCGCCAGGGACCCCGGCCUCGCCACCAUCGCCAAAAGCGCUCCGCCUCCGCCCACCGAACCGAAGGAGGAGCCCAAGCCCAAACCACCAGAGGCGAAGAAGACCUUCAACAGCGUGAGCAAGAUCGACAGGAUCGCCAGAAUAGCGUUUCCUUUGCUCUUCGGAACCUUUAACCUGGUCUACUGGGCCACCUACUUGAAUAAAAAGCCCAAACUGCAAGGCGCCCUGCAGCCCCACUAAUCCCUGUGCGUUCUUUGGUUUUCUCCUCCUUUAUUUCUCUUACUUUUCUUUGUUCUUUCUUUUUUUUUUUUUUUUUUUUUUUUUUGAAUGUCUCUUUACAAGUAAAACAAAAAAAACGAACUGUGUCCGUAGUGGUCGAGUUCCCCCACAGUCUCCACUUUGCUCCUGUGUAUCAUAUCUUCCUAGUUAAAAAAAAGAAAACAAAAAGACGAAAAAGAAGAAGAAACUAUUCUUGAAUCUGCAAUAUGUGCUAAAUAUGUGCUUUUUUAAAAAAAAUACAAUGGUUAUUUCACUUCAUGAACAUGCUAUUAAAUAAAUGAACCAAUACUUGUAUAUAAGCAGUAUAUAUAUCUAUAAAUAUAUAUCCUGCGCAAAGAGUUCGUUCUACAAACGCACAUACCGUAGAGUUACAAAGGAAAAAGGGGAUCUUCUACUUUUGGUUUCGUCGCUAUUCUCUCCGUGUCGUCACUACUGUUUUGCGUUCUACGUUACGCUAAUCGUCCUGUACAGAGUUUGCAUGGGCUGAGCUAUUUUUUUUUUCCUGUUUCCCGUGAGCGGUCGGCUCUCGCCCGGCGAUAGAUUUAAAAACGACGCUACCUUCAAUCACAGCUGAGUGUUCUUCCAUUCUCUGUAGUAGAUCAGAGCUUAACCCACUUAUGUUUUAUAUUGAAAUAGGGGUUCAAUAGCAAUAAAACAUGUCUCAGUGGACAGGAACUCAUUCUUUCAUUCAUUCAUGGAUAUUAAAGAAGUAGAACCAUCCGCUAUUAUUAUUAUUAUUAUGAUUAUUACGUAUUUAAGACUUACUCUUUAUUUAGUUUUGAUGUAAAUAUUAAAAAAUAAAUAAAUAAAAGUUGUCGAUAUGUUGAGUUGAGCUUUGCUUACUUAAAUAAAUGUGACUACAAGGUACAACCUCAGAAAGUGGACGAAGAAAGCCUUUGUUGUUUACGUCGAAUAGAGUUUUAGAGUUUUACAAGGGAUGUUUGCAUAUGAACAGAAUCAAAAAGAAAAAAAGCUUUCAUGUGAUUUUGUUUUAGUUUUGCUGUUAAAUUUUUUUUAAAUAAAUAAUAACGUACAAAUUGGUGACCCAUUAAGUCCCAUUAAGUUUAGGAGUGAGUCAGGAAACGAGUGAGGGCGCUCGAAGUUGUGCUAGACGGGCUUGAGAAAGAAUGUAAAACUGUAAUAUUUUGUCGGAAUGCAUUUAUUCGUUUCUUUUAUAUUCGCUAUUAAAUCGCAGAUUAUUUUCUCGGUUGCACGUUUGGGACUCGCGUAAGAUUAGGAAGAAGACGAGGCCGUGUUCUGCCGUUUCUGCUGCUAGCGCUGCAUUUGAGAGAAUGAUCCGGACGUAAAGAGCAGUGCCUUUUCCACUCUCGCUGAAAGGGUACUACUCCUAGGUGGCGCUCUAAUUUCAGGUUUUUUUCGUGCGUCGCUCGUCUCCGGUUGACCUUUUAAAACAUUACUCAGAAAGUACCAGCUACACUGCCUUUUGUGUCACAUGCCGUUAGAAGAUAGGCCUGUUUUGUUCGGAUCUGGACGCGCUAGUCUCCGCUUGGCGAGUCGUUAGUCGCACAGACUAGCGCGUGCUAGCGCAGACUAGCGCAGCGUUUUACAGGCUGUACCAUAGUGGCGAAUCUGUUAUUUCUUUCUGUAGCAUGAUGUUAGUCCCUAUUCAGCAAGCACCUGAAAACAAACAUGUAAAAGCUCUUAUUUUUUGGGGGGGCGGGGUUACACUGUUCUUGUUUUUGUGCGAGAAAAACACAGAUGUUGUCACACUUUAUUCAGAUUACUUUAAUGUAGCAAUAUCCGAAUAGUAAGGGCUUUUUCACGAUCAGAACUUUAAAGACUAUGGUAAUUCUGUUUGGGGUCAGUUUAUGCAGUAGCUUCGUGUCCAGCAUUUUAAUUAUUUUAUUAUUUUUCAUCAGUAUAUUUUAUUGCGCUCUCAGUAUAUAUUGCGCUCUGAGAGGUGGAGAGUAGCUAAUUUCUACAUAGUAAAUUGAUAUAUAUAUAUAUAUAUAUAUAUAUAUAUAUAUAUAUAUAUAUAUAUAUAUAUAUAUAUAUAUUAAAUAUAUCAUCACUGUAAUGAACAAACUUUGUAUCUUAAUCUUUGACAUUUUCCACUUUUUUUUUUGCAUAAUUUUAAGCUACCCUGUUUUUACAUUGUAUCAGAAUUUUAUGACCAAUAGAAAUGCUCAAAUAUGACUAAAUAUUUCCCCUCUCCUGUAAAGUUAGAUACAAUGUUUUUGCACAGCAGUGAUGAUAUGCUAUUAUACAUUAUUUGAAAUAUUGAAAUGGGUUCUGUGUGCCACUUUAGAAUGUUUUUGAGGAGUUAUUUAGAGUUGUCUAAAAAAAUGACACAAAGGGAAUUUCAGAAUA